AGUGCGUCAUUGGUUGGAGACGGGCCGCUGCCAUUUUGACGUGGGAGAGGAGAGCCGCGAUAUUUAUCUAUUUGGUCGUUUUGGGGACUAGAAUUUUACACAUAAACCUACCACCAUGGCUAUGCAAGCAGCGAAGCGCGCUAAUAUACGAUUACCCCCUGAGGUGAACAGAAUCCUGUACAUCAGGAACCUUCCUUACAAGAUCACAGCUGAGGAAAUGUACGACAUCUUUGGGAAAUAUGGACCAAUACGGCAAAUAAGAACGGGGAACACACCUGAAUCAAGAGGAACAGCCUAUGUGGUGUAUGAAGACAUCUUCGAUGCCAAGAACGCCUGUGACCACUUGUCGGGCUUCAACGUCUGCAACCGUUACCUGGUGGUGCUCUACUACAACGCAAACAGAGCUUUCCAGAAGAUGGACACAAAGAAGAAAGAGGAACAGCUGAAGCUUCUGAAAGAGAAAUACGGCAUCAACACAGACCCUCCAAAGUAACAUUCUGGGGAAGAUUUUUGUUGCCUUUUCAAAAUCCAGCUUUUUUCUUUUUUGCUCUGACAAGGUUUUUAUGUUGCGUAAAGGCACAGAGUUGAAAUGUGCCAGUCACAAAAGCUGUUGACCGUUCGGGACUAUGACUUAAAAUGUUUAAUUUCUCAUCAAAGCAAUCGACUCAAAAACAAAAAUGUUUUCUGGGUUUUAAAGUGGUGACUCGAUAAAUUAUUCACCCGGGGUGACGUGUUAAAAUCUGCCUGGGCAGGUUUAUUUUAUUUUCCUUUUGUUUUGAGUCUCAAA